GUAGUAGGAAAACGUAACAGAACCGACAGGAAGUGAGCCUUGUUACACACACAGAAAAAACAGUUAUUAAUAUUUAUACAGCGUGUUUCUCCCUCUUGCAAGUUGCAACAGUAUAAUGAUUUCUUGGCCCCGGGUUGUGUUGUUUGGGGACUCUAUUACCCAGUUUGCUUUUGAAGCUAAUGCAUGGGGAUCGCUACUUGCAAAUAAGCUUGUUAGGAAAUGUGAUGUGAUAAACAGAGGUCUCUCAGGUUACAAUACAAGAUGGGCUAAACUGAUACUUCCAAGGCUUAUUUCCAAAAAAUGUAACGAUCAGAAAACUUUGGCAGUGACUAUUUUCUUUGGAGCAAAUGAUAGUGCUUUAAAAGAAGACAAUCCCCAGCAGCAUGUACCACUUGAGGAAUACAUUGAAAAUUUAAAGUGUAUGAUAGAUUACCUGAAGACGAUAGAUAUUACUCAGGAUAAAAUUAUAUUGAUCACACCACCUCCUCUGUAUGAAAAAGACUGGGAGACGCAGUGUAUUAAUAAAGGAAAUAAACUGAAUCGGCUUAACUCUGUAACGGGUGUGUACGCUAAGGCCUGUGUUCAAACGGCUAAUGAAUGUGGAACAGAAGUUUUGGAUUUAUGGACAUUAAUGCAGAAAGAAAAUAAGGACUUUCAAGUAUAUCUUUCUGAUGGACUCCAUUUGUCAGAUGAAGGCAAUAAGUUCUUGGAGUCCCAUCUCUGGCAGAUCCUAGAGAAGAAGCUUUCUAGUCUGCAAUUUAUACUUCCGUACUGGAAUGAUGUGAACAACCUUGACCCACAGGCCUCUUUGCUCCAGGAAUCUGACUAAUAGACUAAGGUUGAUCCAGAAAUCUGAUAGCCUGGGUCCUACACUCCCAGUAUAUGCAGAUGCCUUAUGCACAAUGUGCUUUUCCAUACUUGUUUAAAUGAAAACAUUGUGAUAAUAAACAAGAUUUAACUAAUGGUUGAAAAUGAGCAGCCUAUGUUACAUAGAGUUGCAGUAGCUUUUCAUGAUUAAAAAGACAUUGAAGUGAAAGUCAAUCGUAGUGUUUGUGAAACGCUAGGAUUGACAAUUGGAACAAAUAAAGGGGACUUUCAUUCAUUAAGUAUCAAAUACUUCAUGCAGAACGCUCCUUUAUUUGUUUCAAGCGUUCGCCGCACUGAGCUGUUGAGGCAGUGAGUCCACGCCAGAUCGCUGUUUUGCUUGAGAGGUGACAUUUUCACCUUUAAGCCAAUAGCGUGUUGGAAAUCCGGCGCCACAAGUCAACAUAAGGAAUGCACUUAGUUGUGCAAGCACAUUAUAAAUAUGUUUUUAAAUGUCCUGACAGCCUGCACAACUAGGUGGUAUAGCCAUUGCUUGUCUCGCUUCAUAGACCGCUGGAGAGCAGACUCUUGGCACCCCUGCUUUGGGGCACUAAUCAUACAAAAUAAAUAACAAGGGUAAGUAUAUAUAAAAAAGGAUCCACAGAGGGCUAAAAUAUAUAUAUAUUGCUCCAAUGAUUUUAUUUUUUAAGUUUAGUGAACGUUUAAUGUUUGUAAUUUGAGAGAAUGUAUUUUUUUUCUGUUAGUUGAUCUCUUAUGGACCUGUAAUUCAGUUAUUUGGAGCAUUAAUUAAGCAAGGCAGUAGACAGAAUACUGAUAAAUUAAUACAACAAUGAGCUUAUUUUGAUUCACAAACAAAAGAAUGUAAUAUGUUUAUUUAAGCUUUAUUAUUUAGAUGCAAAUUACAGAAUGAACAAACCAUAAGCUUAAGCAGUGAAUUAUAUAAAACCUUUAUAAGACAUUGGGAUUUGACUUGCAGAUGUCAAAAUAAAUUCCGGCUUCCUUCUGUUUACUAAACUUAUUUGCUAAAUUGCAAGAAUUAAAAAAAAAUUAUAAAAAAAAAGCAGUCUUUACAAUAGGAAUUUUUUUUCAGUGGAAUUUAGCAAAGGCUAUGCAGAACCCUGUUUUACAUUCAGCUUUCAUAAAUGUAUAAAUAUAAAUUUAUAAAGUUGCAUUUGUUUUUAAUAAAAAGGAGUGCAAACAAGCACAUUUGUUAAAUGAUUCUAAAGUUUAAUAAAUGAAAACAUCAUUUUUAAAGCA